AUGACUCGCCUGCGCAGGAAGUUCUGCGUGGCCCUCUUCCUCUUCGCUCUUUUCAUCUUCGGCACCAUGAUGGGUUUACGGACCCUCAAGCCCACUGACGGAUUCUCAGAUCUUGCACCAGGGAUGGAGCUCGUACCCUUCGUGGGUGGGAAACUGGACCGGCGGCCUGCGCCUAACCAUGUGGACGUAAGCGAUACCAAGAUCGUCUUGUCCAAAGCUGGGCACGAGCACAGCAUUUUCUAUGAUGUUCACAUCUUCUAUUAUUUGUGGUAUGGUGCACCGCCUGGGGACCGUGGUUACAUCCAUUGGGACCAUGUUCUCGUUCCUCACUGGGACCCCAAAAUAGCUGCCAGUCACCCCAAAGGAAGGCACAAUCCACCAGAGGACAUCGCAUCGAGUUUCUACCCUGAGCUGGGACCCUACAGCUCGAGGGAUCCCAAUGUACUGGAGUCACACAUGGCGCAAAUCGAAGCAGCUGCUGCAGGUGUAGUCGUUCUCUCUUGGUACCCGCCUGGUGUGGCAGAUGAACACGGAGAACCCACUGAGGAUCUGGUGCCUUCCGUAAUGGACGCUGCCCAUAGGCACAGUCUCAAGGUGGCGUUUCACAUCCAGCCUUACCGAGAGCGGACAGACCUCAGCGUGCAUGACAACAUCAAAUACAUCAUCGACAAAUAUGGAAAUCAUCAUGCUUUCUACAGAUUCAAGUCCAGCACAGGGCGAAUCCUCCCCUUGUUCUAUGUGUAUGACUCGUACCUGACCCCGUCUGAAUCCUGGGCGGAGUUACUUACCAAGCAAGGCUCCCACAGCCUGCGAGGAACGCCUUACGACGGUAUCUUCAUCGGCCUUGUUGUGGAAGAACGUCACAAGCACGACAUCCUGGCAGGCGGCUUCGAUGGCAUGUACACCUAUUUUGCGUCCAACGGCUUUUCAUAUGGCUCCUCUCAUCAGAACUGGAAGUCCAUCAAAGAUUUCUGCGAUGGAAACAACCUGCUUUUCCUGCCCAGUGCUGGGCCCGGUUACGUAGACACAGCUGUUCGGCCAUGGAACAACCACAACACGCGGAACCGAGUCAACGGACGCUAUUAUGAGACCUCGUUGCAGGCAGCGCUGUCGGUGAGGCCGGACAUCAUUACAAUCACUUCAUUUAACGAGUGGCACGAAGGGACGCAGAUCGAAAGAGCCGUACCCAAGAAGACUGCUACUCGUCUGUAUUUGGACUACAAGCCUCAUGAGCCUGAUCUUUACCUGGAGCUCACCAAGAAGUGGGCUGAACAAUUUAGUAAGGAGAAAGAGCAGUGGCUAUUGUGAUUGGAACAAACCGAUGAACGAUGAACGAUUCGAUUUUGUCAUGUUUUAGCACAAACCCUAUAAACCUAAUGUUUCGUUUUGUAUUCAGCAUGGUUUGAUGAACAAGGUUUAUUGUUCCCUCUGACCUCUGUCUGAACAUUGAUGAGAUUUACUAGGGCUAACGUUACUAGGGCACCCUUCUUAUUUUAUAGGCUGUCUCUAUAUAACUUUUAUUAGGAGCUCUGAUUUAAAACGUGUUUUACUCUGCUGGUAGAGUGUGAGCUCAUCUUUCCUUGUAACCUUAAUGUGCUGAUAGUGAGUGACUCAACUGUUUCAUAAAUAAAGACUGAAAACCAACACCUAGCUUUAAUUGUCGGAAUCUAAUCAGAGAUUAAUGUUGUUUUACGACUAGCAAAGAUACACUAGAUUUACAUUUACAUUUAUUCAUUUUGCAGACGCUUUUAUCCAAAGCGACUUACA